ACAAGACUUGCCCACGGCACAGCCUGCGUGUCCGUCUAGGGAAGACGGUGAGAUUAUUCAAGGGCAUAAUGAAGGGUCGUAUACGUGCGAUAUUAACCAUCGUAUGGUGUCUUGCAACCUUCGUCGACUGGGGAUCAUGCACAGCACUGGCAUCACCACGAAAUGUCGCUGCUGAUGAUGUUCCCACAUGCGGGGUAUCCUGUAUUCUUGAACAUCUACCUAAGUCUGGGUGUCCCAUAGGAGAUGCUCAGUGCCAGUGCACAAACAAAGCUUUUGCUCGCGCAGUGGCACCAUGUAUACUCAAAAGAUGUAGCAUGCAAGAGAUGAUAGCCAGAGCAAAGGACGGCUUCUGCCAUCUCCCGUCUGAGUCCAAAAGCCGCGAAACGAUUUUGUAUAUCGGCAUUUGCUAUGGCGUCGCGGCCAUCACUGUCGCUAUGAGAAUCUGGGCCAAAGCCGUGGCAAAAUCUUUCGGUAUAGAUGACUGGAUAAUUUUGGCCGCACUGGCACUGUCGGCGGUGCCGAUGGGAUGUGUUAUCAAGAUGUCGACCAUUGGCUUCGGAGAACAUGUCUGGAAGUUGGCUGACGGUGCAACGUUUUCCUACAUACUGAAACUAUUCUGGGUAUCUGGGACCACAUACAUUAUCGUCCUGGGGACUAUUAAAGUUUCUCUGUGUCUUAUAUACGUCAAGGUCUUUCCGGAUCGGCGUAAACGCAUUGUCACUUAUUUCAUCAUGGGAUUCAUCAUCGUCAGCGACGUCGUUCUCUACCUCACCUGGAUUUUCAUGUGCAAACCAAUACGGGGCUAUUGGCACCUGGAUAUUGGCGCCAAAUGCUUGAGCAUGAAUAAGAUUGGAUAUUCAGUAUCCACUUUCGCGAUUGUUCAAGACGCAUUUCUCUUGAUCUGGCCGCUGAUCUGCAUUUGGAACCUCGAUAUGGUCACACAGCGUAAGUUUGCGGUAGGCAUCAUGCUCGCUAUUGGCACCUUUGGUUGCAUUACUACUGUACUUCGUCUUCACACUCUUGUUGCAUUCCGCUCUACUCUAGACCCUACAUGGGACUUUGUCGCGAUAACGAACUGGACUACUCUCGAACUCCUCUCGGGGUUUUUCUGUGUCUCUCUUCCUUCCAUGCGCAUUCUUUUCGUUCAUUAUGUCCCCCGGGAACGUUUUGCUUCACUGAGUUCCACUUUCCACUCCAAACCCCCACCAAUCAGACGCACGACGUACACGACCCGUCCCGAAAAGAAGAAACCCAUUUGGUCCUAUUCCACCAACGAAGCUCGCAAAAUCGAUAAGAGCAUAGGUCCAGCAAGCCCGAAAAGCCUAAACGGAGUUACUCGGGUGUGGCCGCGGACAUCGCAUAUCCAAUCCUUCUCGCGCAGCAGCCACUUACGACUCGGCGACAUCAACAACAACUAUGACGACCCGCCCAGUAAAUUCUCGAAACCGUCUGCUCUUUCUCUCGAUCAAUCCCCUGUUCACGACUUUAGCGCUAUCCGAACUGAGACUUUGCCAGUUCCACCUAGCCCCAUCUCGCCAGUUCACAGUCCUAUGACCCCAAUAUACAGUCCGACAUCCCUGUACGACAAGGGCAUCGAAAUGCAGCCGCCAGCCUUCCACAAUCCUUACAAUGUUACUCCUCCUCCGAUUUCUCCAUCGAUACACGAAAACCAACAACAAUCGAUAUACUUCGAUCAACACGACUUGGUACGCGAUUACCAACAUGAAUCCACACACAAUCACCACAACGGGUCCUUCCGCACUACCCGCUAUGAAUCGACACAGGAAAAUCAGUACGACGAUGUAUCCCCAUUGGAGUCCAUCCACACCAACAACCCCAAUUUCUUCGCUCUUCGCUACGACGAUACUCCACCAUCUCCCCUCGAGCCAUCUCUCCGUCGGUCUUCUACUCUCCAACAAUAUCCCCUUGGACUCUCUCCUCGCCAGCGUUCUCCUCUCCAACAUUCUCCCCUGCGGCCCUCCUUCAAUCAUGACUCCAAUCCAACAUCUCCCCUCCAGAAUUCCCUUCUCCAACCUUCCUUUCACUACACCUCGCCUCCCCCGUCUCCCUCCCAAUCUUCCCACUACGACAGCACCCCUUCAUUCCCCCUCCGACCUUCCUCCCUAACCCCUUCCCCCCUGCAACCCCAAUCCCGCCACACAACAACCCUACAACCCCCCCAGAGUCGCACAAGCACCUCAUCCUCCGAAAUCUCCGCUCUCCCGGAAAUGCGCCUCUGGCCCCUUUCCCAACCCACCCCAGCUCCUUUAUGGCCGCUCCACUCCCCGCUUCGCACACGCGCGCCACGGGUCCUUUAUCCGUUUUCCGUUGGCGCGACGAGUGAGAUUACAAGGAAUGCGUCGUGUAGGAGUUGUGGGAGCGAUGAUAUCGAGGCGUUGCCGCAGUUGAAAUUGCCGGUGGAGAGGAAGGAUGGGGAUGAGGAAGAGAGAGGGGAUGGGGGACGAGGGUUUAGGGAGAUGAGUUGGGAGGAGGGGAUUCCGCCUGUGCCGCCUUUGCCGGGGUGCGCUUUUGGGGGUGAGGCUGGGGGGCAAGAUGUUGUUGCUAGGUUGAUGGGGAAGAGGGGGAAGAGGGAUGGGUUUGUUGUUUGAGGGAAUUGCAGCGAGGUAGAGAGGUUGUGUGGGAUUUUUGGUAGUGGAACGUGUGGGAUCUGCGGUUCUUUAUUGUUCGACGAGUCUUU